GGUUUCUCCGGGUUCUGACGCGUGUGUAUUGUUGUCUGAACGAUGCGUGAGUAGCGCGUGCGCGCGCGCGGAGGUCACCAUGUUCCCCGGGGUGGUGUACGCCCUGCUGGCGGGGUUCCUCGGCGCCGUGGCCUCCUCUUCCGCCAAACUGUCUCUCGGCACGGAUUAUCUGAAAGGCGUGUGUGAGACCGGACUGAGGACGUGGGGAGAACAGAGGACGUUCAGACACGCCGAUCAGACCACCGCGUGCGAGUGGCUGCAUAUCCCCCUGCGUUUGCUCUGCGGUGGGCUGCUCUUCACCUGUAAUGCUGUGAUGUGGACGUUCCUGUCGAAGGCCCUCAGGUACUCUUCAUCCUCUACCCGAACCACUGUGACCACCACCGCCUCCAACUUCAUCUCUUCUGCGCUCCUCGGGCAGCUUAUCUUUGGGGACAGCCUUGUCGCUCUGUGGUGGGUUGGGGUCUCGCUCACACUCUCCGGUCUCCUGGUGCUACAACGCUCUUCCUCCACCAAUACACACUCCGAGACCUCUAAAAGGGACGAAUGAAACAACGUGAACUGAAGACACGAAGGUCACGACAGCGGCUUUCAGAGAUUUAAAGAGUUCUGAACGAAAGUAAUCAAACUAGAUGUGAGCGCUAAAAAAAAAUCAGCAACGUGGCUAGCAAAAAAAAAAAUGUCAAAGCACAAAAAGUAGAAAAGUUGAAUUUAGAAAAAGUUUAUUUGCUAUUGUUUAAAACUAGCAAAGGAUUUACUUCUAGCUCCAUUAAUUGCUCUUGGUUUAUUUGUGAUGUGAUGAUUUAAAGGCAUAAUCCUCAGUGAAAUUGCUGAUAUUGCUAUCAACAAAUGAAGGUAUUUUUUUGCAUGUAUCCUACCUGCUAGCUUGUCCCAUUAGCAUUGUGGCUAAUUAUUGUAUCGACGCCAACCUGAAAACAAGCCAUGUGCUAUUAAUUGUUUAUAUGAAAUGACACCAAAUUUAACACAGAUGAUGUUUAUUAAUAUAAUCACUGCUCCAGAAGCAGCUGCAUACGUUGGGUCGUUAUUUAGGACACGUUUAAAGGAGAAGAAUCCGUGCCCUCCAUGGAGAAGGUAAUACUGUAAUGCUGUUGGAGGACAUGGUGGACUGAACGGCCAUUUUGAGUUCUCUCAGCCUUUGUGGACAUAUUGUAAGAAGCACAGGAAGAUCCCGGCUUAUGGACCAUUGGGAUUGUUUUACAGGAUGGAACAGGAACGUGUCCUGACGUUGGACUUCUCAGCUAUCACAGAUCCUUCCAGAUGUUUUUAUUAACCAUUAUAAGCACCUCAUUGUACUGUAGAGUGACGUCACGAUACCAUGACAGAAGCGUUCGUGAGUAUUGGGUCAUACCAAAGACUUAAAUUCUGGACCUGCUGGUGUGGGAUGAUGUGGGAAGAACGAAAGGAAGAAGGAAUAACGAAUAAUGCUACGUUCAUGCUAGCGAGUCACUUGCAGGCGAAGCCUGCUUAGCGUUUGUUUUAUUUCCAAAUAGAAACGGCUUCUAAAGCUAAAAACAAAGCUAACCAUACGCUAGUUAAAGACAAAUUAAACACGCUUUACACUCUACACUCACCAGACACUCACCAAUAAUCUCUGCUACUUCCUUCCAGGCUUUAUUUCCUUCAUAAUGGCGCUGAGCAGAUGUAAUCAGAGGUCGUAUAUUACAGGAUAAGAUUAGGUUUUUUUCCCCCCCUCAAUUUUGCAUCAAACUCUAAAUGGGAACUAAUUGCCAAUAGGGACUAAAGUUGUGAGCAGGGAACUUGAGAAACGUCGACCCACACGCAGCAUAGGAUUGGUCUGAGGAAUCGUUCGCGCCAAUUGUUUGGAUUUGUCGCUUCUUUACAGCAUCGUACCUAAUUUGUGUAGGAUUGAGAGAACCUCUGUCUUUCUAUUUAAAUAUCGCUAUGUUGCUGAAAUCACAGCUGUCUUGUCACACACAGAUGUGGAAAAUGAACAGUCGUUUGCCACUUUGAACUUACGAGAGAAGAAUCAAAGCUGUCGAUUGGUCAGCUGCUGUAACUGCCGUUGUGACGACAUCAAUGAUUAUCAAAGGGAAAAAGUUUCACACUUCAAUUAAAAAUUCAAAAAUUUUAAACAGUAUUAAGUUUAUUUAAAAAACAACAACAACGUGCUAAACAGAAACAGCACAUGUAAUAGGUAUUUCAAUAUUUAACCACUACAGGUUAAUGACAAUCAUGAUGCAUUUCCUUUUUCCAGUAAUGCGUGAUGUAUGUUUCCGAGUGAAAAAGG